UAUUUCGAUUACACUUUUGAUAGCGCCUUCAAACGAUUGUCAAAUCGCUAUAUUGAGAAUGUCGUCGUCACUCACUAUCGCUCCUAUCCGCGGUAGGGUUUCCAGCCCUGACUGAUAAGCGAACGCGCUAGCAAUUGUUGAAGUCGAGCAAAUUGAAGAUUGUGUACUGAGAUUUGAAGGUCAUCGACAAAUUUACGGCACUCGACAUCCUCGACAAUGCCUACCCAUCUUUCGAAGACCCGCAAACACCGCGGUCAUGUCUCCGCCGGUAAGGGACGUGUAGGAAAGCACCGCAAGCAUCCAGGUGGUCGUGGUCUCGCUGGUGGUCAGCACCACCACCGUACCAACAUGGACAAAUACCAUCCUGGUUACUUCGGUAAGGUUGGUAUGCGUUACUUCCACAAGCAACAAAACCACUUCUGGAAGCCAGUCGUCAACCUCGACAAGCUCUGGUCGCUCGUCCCCGCUGAGAAGCGUGAGGAGUACCUCCAGGCCAAGAACACCGACACCGUCCCAGUCAUCGACCUCCUCCCCCUCGGAUACUCCAAGGUCCUCGGAAAGGGUCGCCUGCCAAACAUCCCAAUUGUCGUCCGCGCCAGAUGGGUCUCCAAGCUCGCUGAGAAGAAGAUCACCGAGGCCGGUGGUGUCGUUGAGUUGGUUGCGUAAAUGGGUUUAUGAUACAGGGUUGUUAUUCUAGUCGGUAUUUCAUGGCAUGAAAGGAUUGGCAUGAUGGCUACGGCUAUCGGAGUUCGAUCAAUGAUAUCAAAACACAUCACGAACAAUUUUUACCCUUAUGUGACUGCAGCUGCGUUUGACUCCAUGAGAACUCUUCGAAAAAAUUGGGCCGAAGAUCCUUCAUUCUCCAACAUGUUAAAUCUCAAAAACUUUCUUUUGUA